GUGUCCAUCGGGGACCAGUAUGGCCAUGACCGAUCCCUUUUUGUCACUUCCGUUGUCAACCACUCAAAAAUGGAACCUGGGUCCCCACCCUCGUUUUCUGUAAUUGCCAUUGUCUUCCAUCCUUUCCGAUCGUCCACUACCUUGUCCUCUUUUUUCAUCUUUUAUAUGGUAAACUUUGUUUUUGUAGAAUACGGGAGGAACGAACGCCAACGGCACCCCCCUGUCGCUCCCUGGAAUCCGUGGGCAUAAUGGUAAACUCCCUUCCUGCCCAUAGUGCCAGCCUCAUGGUCAUGGAUAUAUAUAUAUGUAUAUAUGUAUAUAUUCUAGUAUUAAAGUCAGCUUUCUCUCUGGCUCACAUGCCGUCCCUUUCCCAUUCCUUUAAAGUUAUCUGUUUUCUCAAGUACUUGCGCUCAUGGCUGCUGAAGAGAGCAGCAAGGGAAUUGGGAAGGCAAGGCAGGAAAUUGCAGAAGCAGUGCAGCGCCAAGGGAAUCCUGUUCACUUCUCUGCCCACGACUACCCUGUUUUCACUCCUAGCUACGAAGACGAACCAGUGGCCGCUUAUCAACAGGCAGUAUCAAUUUGGAACGACAGCCAUGUGAAAGCAGGACAAGAUACGGAAAUCAUCGUACCCCACUCCCAGUCAAGAAAGGGGCUGACUCUUGGUUUUGUCAAUCCCAGCCUUCAAUCCUAUGUAUGCCCGGCCGACGAUUCCAAAUCUGUCAACGGUUCUAGUGCCAACAACAUUACAGUUCUUCAAACAUCACCUGCAAAUAGUAAUCACUUCUUCAAGUCCAGGAGAAGAAACAGCUUGGACGACUUCAACUCUCUAUCCUCCUGCAAUAGAUGUCAGCCUUCCCUCAUCACUGCAGAAUCUGAAAACAGAAGUAACACUAACACUUCCGAAGUUCUUGUCCCUUUCACCGAUUCUCACUCAUCUCUUCCGUCACAACCCAAGAGUAAGGGGAUUAUUUCUUGGCUAUUUCCUCGGCUAAAGAAAAAGCAUAGCAAGAAUGAGACUUCCCCAAACAGAACUGAAUCCGAGGAAGUUUCUCAGGUUCUCAAGGAUUUAGGAAACGUAUCAAUCGAAACACUGAAGAAAGAGCUGAUUGAAGCAAAUGAGAACAGAGAUGCGGCCUUAAUGGAAGUUUCCGAGAUGAAAUCUUUAUUUGGGGAGCUUAAACAAAAAUUAGAGUACUUGGAGAGUUACUGUGAAGAGCUGAAGAAAGCAUUGAGACUAGCAAAGGAUUGCCGUGUUCGUGAAAAGCUUAAUAAUCUGCCCAAGCGAGGAAAACCAUCUGAUGGGAGUGCGGAAAAUGUGAUGCCUGUGAGCGAGGGAGUAAUGGUAGAGGGGUUCUUGCAGAUUGUAUCGGAAGCCAGAUUAUCAGUGAAGCAAUUCUGUAAGACCCUUAUAAGCCAGAUUGAAGAAACCGAUCGUGCCUUAACUCAGAAUCUGAACCAGCUUCUCCAACCAUACAAGCUGUCUCUGAACGCCAAGUACUCAAAGGCUGUGUUAUACCAUUUUGAAGCUUUCAUUAAUCAGUGCCUCUACCAAGACUUUGAGAAUUGUGUGUUCCAAAAGAAUGGAUGCCCAAAAUUCUUGGACCCACAUCAGGAUCGUCAGACACAUUUCUCAUCAUUCGUAGCACUUAGGAAUCUGAGCUGGAACGAGGUAUUGAGAAAGGGAACGAAAUAUUACAGCGAGGAGUUCAGUAAGUUCUGCGACCAAAAAAUGAAUUGCAUUAUCACUUGUCUGAAUUGGAGUCGGGCGUGGUCUGAAGAGCUGCUCCAAGCAUUCUUUGUUGCUGCGAAAUGCAUAUGGUUGCUUCAUUUGCUGGCACAUUCCUUCAACCCACCAUUGGGGGUUCUAAGGGUAGAAGAAAACACGAGUUUCGAUGGGCAUUACAUGGAAGAUAUGUAUGAGGAUAGGCAGAGAUCACAAGGGCCAAGCAGGGUGAAGAUGAUGGUGAUGCCAGGGUUUUAUGUUGGGGAUAGGGUUUUGAGGUGUAAGGUCCUUUGCAGGUACAAGGCUGCAACCUAGGCUGGUAGUUGUUGUUGUCCGUCCAAGGUCUAUAACUUGCCAAAUGAAUGUGAUGCCAUGGUUCUUGGUUCCCGAGUUUGUGAAACGAGUAAAUACUAAAUAGGUGUUGAUCUGACAGUGAAAGCCAUAUGCUAAACGUCAAACUGUGUCACUGUAACAGUAAAUCAUGCAUUUCAACUGAGAAGCAUAUUACGAUGCACUUGUGCAAAUGCUUUGGCCCUCUUUCUUGGCAUUAUGAGUUAUCAGAUUUAGACUGUUGAGUUCUGCACCGACGACACAUAGGAAAUACUCAAUUAUGUUAUGUGAGAGGAAAACGAAACCUAAAGGAGAACCAAUGAAGACAAUGUUUUCAGCGUUGACCCAACGAUGUGAAAUGGGUUGCCAUGUAUUAAAUAUUAAUGUAUAUUUUGCUUCAUAAUGCCUUCCAUACUUCACUGCUACAAGUGAGGCUAUUCCGCA